CCACUGGAGCUCCGGAGGAGGGAAAGUUAGGAGGAGAGGAGAGGAGCAGCGGACUGCAUGAGCCUCAGGAGCGACAAGGGAGUUCCAACCAAAAUGCUGCCCCCCUGGUGUGUUGUGUUGGUGCUGCUGUUGGAUCUGACCCUCGCUCAGUACGAGCACCUGGGCUACCCUCCAGGUUACCCCGACCCGGAGCAGGAGCAGUACAGCGCCCCCCAGCUGAGGCCCGACACCCCCAGGAUCCAGCUCCGACUGUCGGGAGACAAGAGGAAACACAACGAGGGCCGCGUGGAGGUCUACUACAACAACGAGUGGGGCACGGUGUGUGACGACGACUUCAACAGCCACUCGGCUCAGGUGGUGUGCAGAGAGCUGGGAUACCUGGAGGCCGUCUCAUGGGCCCCGGCAUCCAAAUAUGGGAAAGGAACAGGUCCCAUCUGGUUCGAUAAUCUCCACUGCACCGGCAAAGAGAAGACGUUAGCGCUGUGUCCGUCCAAUGGGAUCGGAGUAUCCGACUGCAAACACACCGAGGACGUCGGGGUGGUCUGCAGCGACAAGAGGAUCCCCGGAUUUAGAUUCAUCAACACCCUGCCCAACCACGUGGAGAACAUGGAUAUCCAGGUGGAGGAUGUGCGCAUCCGAGCCAUCCUGUCCUCGUAUAGGAAGCGGAUCCCGAUGACGGAGGGCUACGUGGAGGUGAAGGACGGCGGGAAAUGGAAACAGAUCUGUAACACGGAGUGGUCUCCGCAGAACGCCCGAGUCAUCUGCGGCAUGUUCGGCUUCCCCGGGGAGAGGAAGUACAAUGCCAGGGUCUACAAGAUGUUUGCGCGCCGCAGGAAGCCCUCGUACUGGGACUACGCUGUGAACUGCACUGGGAACGAGGCGCACCUCUCCAGCUGUAAACUGGGCCAGGUUUCACCGCUGAAGUCCAAUGUGACCUGUGGGGGGGGGCUGCCGGUGGUGGUGAGCUGCGUACCGGGAAGAGACUUCGCCCCCACCCCCAUGACGGGGUUCAGGAAGGCCUUCAGACAGGAGCAGCCGUUGGUGCGUCUCCGCGGGGGGGCCAUCGUGGGCGAGGGCCGGGUGGAGGUGCUGAAGAACGGGGAGUGGGGAACCAUCUGUGACGACCAUUGGAGCCUGAUGGCGGCCACGGUGGUCUGCAGGGAGCUGGGCCUGGGCACGGCCAAAGAGGCGCUGUCUGGAGGACGCCUGGGACAAGGGAUGGGUCCGGUUCACAUGAACGAGGUGGAGUGCUCCGGCUUUGAGAAGUCCAUCACAGAGUGUCUCUUCAACAAAGAGUCUGCGGGCUGCAGCCACGAAGAAGACUCCGCCGUGCGCUGCAACGUUCCUGCCAUGGGCUUCCAGCAGUCACUGCGCCUCAGCGGGGGCAGGAACCCCUUCGAGGGCCGGGUGGAGGUCCUGAUGGAGAGGAACGGGUCCCUGGUCUGGGGCACGGUGUGCAGCGAGGGCUGGGGCACCAUGGAGGCCAUGGUGGUCUGCAGGACGCUGGGACUCGGGUUCGCCAGCAACGCCUUCCAGGAGACGUGGUACUGGCCGGGCGAUGUGAGUGCUGACUCUGUGGUGAUGAGCGGGGUCCGAUGCUCCGGCACUGAGAUGUCUCUGAACCACUGCCUGCACCACGGGGCCCACCUCAGCUGCUCCAAGGGGGGGGGCCGCAACGCCGCCGGGGUCUCCUGCUCAGAGACGGCCCCGGACCUGGUCCUGAACCCUCAGGCUGUGGAGCAGACCACCUACAUGGAGGACCGGCCCAUGUUCAUGAUGCAGUGCGCCCAGGAGGAGGGCUGCCUCUCCUCCUCCUCCAGCCUCACGCCGGCCACCUCGUACCGCCGCCUGCUGCGCUUCAGCUCGCAGAUCCACAACAACGGCCAGUCCGACUUCAGGCCCAAAGCGGGGCGAAACUCCUGGGUGUGGCACGACUGUCACAGGCAUUACCACAGCAUGGAGGUGUUCACCCUCUACGACCUGUUCACUCUCAAUGGGACUAAAGUGGCAGAAGGACACAAAGCCAGUUUCUGUCUGGAGGACUCGGAGUGCGAUGAAGGUAUUGAGAAGAGAUAUGAAUGUGCUAACUUUGGGGAGCAGGGCAUCACAGUCGGCUGCUGGGAUACGUACCGACACGACAUCGACUGCCAGUGGAUCGACAUCACAGACAUCAAACCUGGAGACUACAUCUUCCAGAUCGUGAUUAACCCAAACUACGAGGUGUCGGAGUCGGACUACAGCAACAACAUCAUGAAGUGCAGAUGUCGGUAUGACGGACACCGGGUCUGGAUGUACAGCUGCCAUAACGGCGGUUCUUUAAGCACUGAGACGGAGGAGACGUUCCCCGGCCUCCUGAACAACCAGGUGACCCACAGGUAGACACUCUGAAGACCCCUGAACAACCAGGUGACCCACAGGUAGACACUCAGAAGACCCCUGAACAACCAGAAACACCUGAACAACCACGUGACCCACAUGUAGACACUCUGAAGACCCCUGAACAACCAGGUGACCCACAGGUAAACACUCUGAAGACCCCUGAACAACCACGUGACCCACAUGUAGACACUCUGAAGACCCCUGAACAACAAGGUGACCCACAGGUAGACACUCUGAAGACUCCUGGACCCCAUCCAACAUCCGAAAACUCCUCUUCAAAGCAUCUUUAAAUAUUCUCCUUCAUCCACGAGGCAGCAUCUUCUAUUCUUCCUCCCAUGAAGCCAAAAUGUGUUCAAAAUGUGUUCAAACAGAGCGAUUACAGCUAUUUCUGAGUCCUGACAACUAUGACUUAUUUUGGAUACAUUUCGACAAACUAUGACUUUCUUUGGAUACAUUAAGACAAAAUAUGACUUUUUAUGGAGACAUUUUAACACCCUAUAUACUAUGACUUUUUCCGACAUACUAUACUAAUAUUCUUUUUAGACAUACUGUAUUAUCAUUUCUUUCCAACAUCCUAUACUAUGACUUUUUCUUGACAAACCACUCUGAAGACUUUGAUGAAAUGAACUUGUCAGAAAGUGCCAGGUACUUUACAAACGCUGCAGCCCUUCCUGUUCAAAGAGGAUUUAAAUAAAUGAUUGAAAAACAACAGCAGGAGUCUGUUUAAAGUGCCUUUCACUUUUUAUAUAACUCACCCUUUUAAAUGUAAUUGAGGCUUUAAGUUUCACUAAAUAAAUGGGGUUGUAUAUUUGAGUGGAAGGUGGGUGCUGCCACAGGUUGCUAACCACUAGCAGCUAGUUGUUAGCCGCUAGUUGUUAGCUGCAUUUUAGCACUUCUUGUCCCCGGGUCUGGAGGUCAAUGGUUUUCUGAAGGUGUUUUUGGUCUGAAAUAAGCUCUGUGGUUAACACAAGCUGGAGAGAUUUAAAUUCUACGACAUCAAAUAUGUCAGUAAAUACAUCUCGGCAAUAAUCCAAAAUCACAUGGAGAGAUCCCAUUGGACGAGGGAGAUGCUGCCUUCAGGGUCCAACAGAGAAAUACCACAUCCCUGCGCCACUCUACUCUGAGAAACUAAUGGUCCCCCCCCCCCCCCCCCCCCCC